UUUUUCCGGCGGACACCCAGUCAUUUAGCUAGCCAAGCUGAUUAGCCUGCUACCGCAGCUAAUGUUUGGCAGCAACUUAACGUUCGCCGAAUCCGACUGAAUGAUACAAACAGCGUAGAAAGAUGGCGGACGUGAAGGGACAAGGAGUUUGUUCCUCGGUUCCUCCGCUGCCUCGCCCUUCCUCCCGCAACGGCUCCGGCAGCGGCAGCGUUACGCCAGACACCGGCGGCGGCAGCUGGCAGACGCCAACCACCGUUACUUCAGGCCCCAGGCUGGUGCGGAUUGUCAAGUCCAACUCGGGCUACGGCUUCAACGUUCGGGGGCAAGUGAGCGAAGGCGGCCAGCUGCGGAGCAUCAACGGGGAGCUGUACGCCCCUCUGCAGCAUGUGAGCGCCGUCCUCCCCGGGGGAGCUGCGGACAGAGCCGGCAUCUCAAAGGGGGAUAGGAUCCUGGAAGUCAACGGGGUAAACGUAGAGGGCGCCACGCACAAGCAGGUGGUGGACCUGAUCCGGGCCGGCGAGAAGGAGCUGGUGCUGGCCGUCCUGUCCGUGCCGCCGCAGGAGGCCGACUGCCUGGACCCCGGCGACGACGUGUCGGCCUUGUCCUGUUACGACUACUCGGACAAGCAGGCCGUCCCCAUCUCCAUUCCGAGCUACAAACACACUGAGCUCAACAGUGAGAAGUUCGUGGUGUACAAUGUGUAUAUGGCGGGUCGGCAGCUGUGCUCCAAGCGUUACCGGGAGUUUGUGAUUCUCCACCAAAACCUUAAGAGGGAAUUUGCCAACUUCGCGUUCCCCAAGCUUCCUGGGAAGUGGCCGUUUUCGCUGUCGGAACAGCAGCUAGACGCACGGCGGCGAGGCCUGGAGGAGUACCUGGAAAAAGUCUGUUCGGUACGGGUAAUUGGAGAAAGCGACAUCAUGCAGGAGUUCCUGUCUGAAUCAGAUGAGAACUAUAACGGCGUUUCAGACGUGGAGUUGAGAAUAGCCAUGCCAGAUAAGACUACGCUCACUGUCAGAGUUCGCAAAAACUCCACCACAGACCAGGUUUACCAGGCUGUGGUGACGAAGCUCGGGAUGGACAGUGUAACGGCCAGCUACUUCGCUCUGUUUGAGGUCAUCAACCACACCUUUGUGCGUAAACUGGCUCCCAAUGAGUUCCCCCACAAGCUUUAUGUACAGAACUAUACCUCAGCCAUCCCAGGAACCUGCCUCACACUGCGAAAGUGGCUCUUCACCACAGAAGAAGAGAUCCUGCUUAAUGACAACCAGCUUGCUGUCAACUACUUCUUUCACCAGGCAGCUGAAGAUGUGAAGAAAGGCUUCAUCAAAGUCGAGCAGAAGUCCUAUCAGCUCCAAAAGCUGGCAGAGCAGAAGAAAAUGUCCAUGUACCUGGGUUUGUUGCGUGACUGUGAGGGCUACAAUGAGAUCGUUUUCCCUCACUGUUCCUGUGACUCCCGACGUAAAGGCCACGUGAUCACAGCCAUCAGUAUACACAACUUCAAGCUGCACGCCUGUACAGAAGAAGGUACACUCGAGAACCAGGUGAUUGCGUUCGAGUGGGGAGAGAUGCAGAGAUGGGACACGGACGAAGAGGGCAUGGCUUUCUGUUUUGAAUAUGCACGGGGAGAGAAGAAGCCCCGCUGGGUGAAGAUCUUUACUCCCUAUUUUAACUACAUGCACGAGUGCUUCGAGAGAGUCUUCUGUGAGCUGAAGUGGAGGAAGGAGCUGGAAGAGGAGGCCACGGACAAGGACAACAAGAACUGCAGUAAAGACGGUAUGUGUGGAAAGAACAUUUUCCAGCUGCUGAGGCACAGAAGAGAUGGAGGGACGUAGGAGGAGGGGGGGAUCGUCACCGACUCGGCUGAGUGUUUACCCUGACCCGGUCUCGCUCAACCACGAACUGACACGGUCGUCAUUUUUCACUCCAUUACCUACGACACAAGAAGCUGCUCCCUACAUGUUAACCAACGACCGUCCGCUGAAAAGACGUGAAAACAGAAGCAUUAACAUUAAAGCCACAUUGACUGACGAGCCAGAACUUGUGAAUCCAGCACUUCAUGAACAUGCGUUACACUUUAAGCUUCUGCAGACCCAAAGCCAUGGUUUCAUGCAAGCCUCUCCUCCUUGGUCAGGACUCAGAGUGGACCGUGGCAUGCUAACCAGGAUGAUUUAGACGUAUCUUUUUUUUUUUUUUUUUUUUUUUCUAGCUGAAGAACAAAUGUUCAAGCGAAUCUUUGGUGCACAAACGAGGACGAGUGAAAGCAUCCAGAGGGAGGAACAAAGACGAGACUAAUCGGCAAUCCUUAUCCGCUUGUGGAUGCAUGAUAUCCACAUCCAGCGGUCGAAGAGUCGAAGCAAAGCGACUUCCUGGGAGGUAACUUACAGUUACAAUCAGGUUACACGUUGGUAUUUCUAUCUGUUUUUUCGCUAAACUUGCUUUAAAAAAAAUAAUCCAAAAUACAUGAACGGAACACACGAGAUGAACGCAUUUGUCAUCUUUAAUAUUUUGGGAUGCACAUGGAACAGAAACUUGGAUUUAUACUAAUGUUGCACUUUAUCAACCGGUAUGAACAGCUUCAAGAUGUGCAGAAGGAAACAUGGGGGAUUGGCACAUGGGCUCAUAACUGGACGAAGGUUAAACUAAAUAUUAAUAUUUGACUAAAGCGGAAUCAUACAAUGCAUUCCCGACUUGGGUUUAAGCCAUUAUUUAAACCUUUAUGUAGAGGCUCUUCUCAGUAAAUUAGAAUAUCUUAAAAUAGUUAUUUUAUUACAGUUCUUCAAUUAGAGAAAAAUGCAUCUCAAGCACUUAUACGGAUUUUAUCGAGAGAGUGAGGCUUGAGAGGUGUUUGUUUCUGUUAUUUUUUUGAUGAUUAUGGCUCAAAAACCCAAAGUUCAGUUUCUCAGAAUGUUAGACUACCAUGUAAAAGAUCAUUUUAUAUGAUUACAGCAAUUUUAAAGCAUGGUCUACAAAAUCAGAGCUAAAGAAGCUAGCGUUUGAAGCACUGACUCCAGCUGCAGUCCCAGCCUUUUGAAUCCCCUCCGAAGCACUUGAACAGGCUUUGGGUCACAAUCAUUUAAAGGUUUUGGUUUUCCCUACUGCUUGUGUGCUUUUUUUAUUUAUUUAUUUAUUUUUUUUCCCACAUCUUUUCCUUCCAUUAAUAUGAUUGGAUAAAGGACUUCCAGCUUCUUUAAAGACAAUUGUGUAACCCAUAACGUUUAUGUUUAUUGACAUCCUUUAUAUUGGGCUUAUGGAGCAUACAAAGUUUCUGGGUAGCAGAUUUUUAAGGUUUUAGUAGCCGUAAGCCAUAAUGACCAAAAUUAACUGAAAUAAACACUUGAAAUAUAUAUUGUUGAGGCUUCACUGUUCCAACUGAGUUACUGAAAUAGAUUUUACUUGCUAAGGAGCCUGUAGAUUAUUUAGGCGCACCUCUGCCCGCGGCAUUUUGAGAACUGUCCAUGCAAAUGUUUUAGAAGUGCAGUGUUGUAGAAAACUGUGUCCAGGGUGCGUUACCCAGAACAAACAGCAGGGGUCCUUCUGUUCUUGCCUGCUCCCUGGUCCACAGUGCUCAUUUUGUCUCUGGAAUGCUCCCACAGGAUUUAUCUUAGGCUUGUAAUUCAAGCGGCCUUUCCACGCCGCAGUGUUUAUCUCUGAGGGCGGUCCUUUGCCUUAAUGGUCAGCCACCCGUUCACAGCAGAAUCCAGCCUCAGCGAAGCGGCAGUCGCUUAUCAGAAGGACGUGUUUUCAUCUUUAUACAAUAACGCUAAUGGGUUCUGUCAAUUAAGGCCUUUUAGCAAAUGAUCGUUUUGCUGCAAUUUGAUAAUGAGAAUGUUAUGAAGUUUAAUGUCAAAAGCUAAUAAUGUGACCCUCCAGUACAAACAUCGACUUGAAAAAUGAAUAAACUGGAAUGUAAUUAUAUUUUUUUACGGUGUAAGAAUCUGAUAGUAUUUGGUGAUUAUUAAGUUUUGUCUCCCCAGUCUUAUAUUGGUCUGUUUAUGUUGUAUUUUAUUUAAAUAUUGUUGAUUUUUUUUUUUUAUUGCAACUUUAAAUCAUUCUGACAACUUUAUUUUGUUUUAGAAGUUGAUGCUUCCAGACAUUUGGCACUAGCUUUGUGCAAAGGUCAUCACUCCGUACCUUCAAGGAGUCAGACUUUGUUGUAUUCUUUAAAAGUGAUGUUAAUUCCCUCAACAUGAUUUUCCUUUAA